AAAGACAGAGUGCUAAGUUCGAUGUUCAUCAUGAGAGAGCAGGUGGAUGUGAUCUGCUGUAAAUCAGUAGGAACUGAUCUGUCCAUGCUGGAUAUUGAUGAUUUCAUCACAGAAAUCUCUCAGCUGAAGAAAGAGGUGACGUCACUGAAGACUAAACUGAUGGAGAGAGACGACAGGUUACAGGAGCUGGAAAAGGUUUCCUGUCAAUCUUCAGUGUGUGUGACUGAUGGGACCUCCACAGAAUGUCAGGAUUCAGUGUGGAGCGGCAGAGAUCAGUCCACACCACAGCGACUGCUGGACAAACUCUCUGAACAGAGAUCCAGAGACACACAGGACUCACAGCUCACUUUACUCUGUUCUACUGACGGUAAUCAGGGUGAUCAAACCUCCACAGAGUCUCAGACUUCUGUCUGUAACGCUGGAGAACAGCAGAUGCUGCAGAUACCAGUGAAUAUUGAAAUGAAACAGGAGGAGAUAAAAGAAGAAAACAUAGUAGAGGAACAACAGAGAAAUGAAGAUGAUCAAACCACCACAGAGUGUCUGGCUUCUGUCUGUAACGCUGGAGAACAGCAGAUGCUGCAGAUACCAGUGAAGAUGUGUUCAGUGAAGCUGCUGGACUGCAGGAACCUGAUGAAGAUGAGAGGAGAAUCCACAACAGAACAACAACAAAAUGAUGAAGAUGAUCAUGAAACUGCAAUAGAUGAACAACAGAGUGAUGAAGAUGAAGCUGAAACCACAAUAGAGGAACAACAGAGCGAUGAAGAUGAUUUUCCUCCUUCAGAGCUGUUGGAAGUGAAAGAGGAAAGUCAAGAACUGAAUGAAGUGGAGGAGAAACUUCAGUGCCGGAAACAUCAUGAUUUAAUAAAUGUCAAAGAAUCUUUCAGUUGUUCAAAGACUAAAAAUAAUUUCUCACUGAAAAAGCCUAAAAGAAAAACACCUAAAAAUGCUUUUACCUGCUCUCAAUGUGGAAAGAGUUUCAGAUAUAAAACCUGUCUUAAUAUACACAUGAUAAUUCACACAGGAGAGAGACCUUACCCAUGCCAUCAGUGUGGAAAGUGUUUCACAGAUGCAUCCUAUCUACAUAAACAUCUCCACAUUCACUUUGGAGAAAGAGCAUUUGAAUUUAAUAAGUGUGGAAAAACAUUUGUUUUGAAUUCAGUCCUAAAACAACAUCUGAAAACGCACAUAAAUGAGAAGCCUUACAAGUGUUCUUUUUGUGGAAAGAGUUUUGCUCGCCUGUAUUAUUUGAAAGAGCACCAGAAAAUUCAUACCAGUGUGGGCGCUCAUAUGUGCUUUGAAUGUGGGAAGACCUUUAUUACAGCCGGCAGAUUGAAACAGCACCAAAGAAUUCAUACUGGAGAAAAACCUUACAAGUGCACACACUGUGAAAAGAUUUUCAUUCAGUCACAAGACCUGAAAAUACACGAGAGAAUCCAUACUGGAGAGAAACCUUACAAGUGCUCUCUCUGUGGAAAGAGUUUCACUCGGUCAAUAAGUCUAAAAGAACAUGAGAGAAACCAUACGGGAGAGAAACCUUACAAGUGCUCACACUGUGGAAAGAGUUUCAGUCGGUCACAAAACCUGAAAGAACAUGAGAGAAUCCAUACGGGAGAGAAACCUUACAAAUGCUCACACUGUGGAAAGAGUUUCACUCUAUCAAUACGCCUAAAAGAACAUGAGAGAAUCCAUACGGGAGAGAAACCUUACAAGUGCUCACACUGUGAAAAGAGUUUCACUCAGCUACAAAACCUAAAAACACACCAGAGAAUCCAUACGGGAGAGAAACCUUACAAGUGCUCACACUGUGAAAAGAGUUUCACUCAGCUACAAAACCUAAAAACACACCAGAGAAUCCAUACGGGAGAGAAACCUUACAAGUGCUCACACUGUGAAAAGAGUUUCAGUCAGUCACAAGACCUGAAAACACAUGAGAGAAUCCAUAUUGGAGAAAAACCUUACAUGUGCUCAUACUGUGUAAAGAGCUUCAAUCGGUCACAAGACCUGAAAACACAUGAGAGAAUCCAUACUGGUUAUCAGUUCAAUAGAGUGAUGGAACUAGAAGCAGAUGCCAUGGGACAUGAGCUACUUUUUGUAGAUGAGGCCGGUUUUAACCUCAGUAAAACCAGGAGACGUGGCAGGAACAUUAUUGGACACCGUGCCAUCAUCAAUGUCCCAGGACAAUGUGGUGAAGAACUCGCAGUUUUAGCAGGCAGUUCGACGUUCAUCAUGAGGGAGCAGGUGGAUGUGAUCUGCUGUAAAUCAGUAGGAACUGAUCUGUCCAUGCUGGAUAUUGAUGAGUUCAUCACAGAAAUCUCUCAGAAAGAGGUGACGUCACUGAAGACAAAGCUGAUGGAGAGAGAUGAUAGGUUACAGGAGCUGGAAAAGGUUUCCUGUCAAUCUUCAGUGUGUGUGACUGAUGGGACCUCCACAGAAUGUCAGGAUUCAGUGUGGAGAGGCAGAGAUCAGUCCACACCACAGCGACUGCUGGACAAACUCUCUGAACAGAGAUCCAGAGACACACAGGACUCACAGCUCACUUUACUCUGUUCUACUGAUGGUAAUCAGGGUGAUCAAACCUCCACAGAGUCUCUGACUUCUGUCUGUAACGCUGGAGAACAACAGAUGAUGCAGAUACCAGUGAAGAUGAAGAUGUGUUCAGUAAAGCUGCUGGACUGCAGGAAACUGAUUAAGAUGAGAGGAGAAAUCAAAGUAGAGGAACAACAGAGAGAUCAUGAUGAUCAAACCUACACAGAGUCUCUGGCUUCUGUCUGUAAUGCUGGAGAACAGCAGAUGCUGCAGACAACCGUGAAGAUCGAAGUGAAGCAGGAGGAGAUAAAAGAAGAAAACACAGCAGAGGACAAACAGGGAGAUGAACAUGAUUUUAUUUCUUCAGAGCUGAUGGAAAUGAAAGAGCAAUGUCAAGAACUGAAUGAACUGGAGGAGAAACUUCAGUGUCAGAAACAUCCUUUGAGUUGCUCAAAGACUAAGAAGAAUUUAUCACCAGAAAAGGAUAAAAGAAGAGCAGCCAAAAAUACUUUCACCUGCUCACAUGGUGGAAAGAGUUUCAUGAAUAAAAGCCGGUUUAAUAAACACAUGAAAGUUCAUAUUGGAGAGAAACCUUACACGUGCCAUCAGUGUGGGAACAGGUUCUCAAAUAUAGUUUGUCUCAAAGGUCAUCUCUGUUGUCACUCUGGAGAGAGACCAUUUGAAUGUGACAAGUGUGGUAAAACAUUUGCUUUGAAUUCAAGCCUGAGAAAACAUCUGAAAACUCACACAGAUGAGAAUACCGGUGUGGCGGUUCAUAUGUGCUUUGAAUGUGGGAAGACCUUUAUUACAGCCAGCCUUUUGAAACAGCACCAAAGAAUUAAUGCUGGAGAAAAACCAUACAAGUGCUCACACUGUGAACAGAGUUUCACUCAGUCACAAAACCUGAAAAAACAUGAGAGGAUCCAUACUGGAGAAAAACCUUACAAGUGCUCACACUGUGGAAAGAGUUUCAUUCAGUCACAAGACCUGAAAGAACACGAGAGAAUUCAUGCUGGAGAAAAACCUUACAAGUGCUCACACUGUGGAAAGAGUUUCACUGAGUCUCGAAGCCUGAAAACACAUGAGAGAAUUCAUACAGGAGAAAAACCUUACAAGUGCUCACACUGUGGAAAGAGUUUCAUUCAGUCACAAGACCUGAAAAAACACGAGAGAAUUCAUACUGGAGAAAAACCUUACAAGUGCUCACACUGUGGAAAGAGUUUCACUCGCUCACACAAUCUGAAAACACACAAGAAAAUUCAUACUGGAGAAAAACCUUACAAGUGCUCACACUGUGGAAAGAGUUUCAUUCAGUCACAAGACCUGAAAAAACAUGAGAGGAUCCAUACUGGAGAAAAACCUUACAAGUGCUCACACUGUGGAAAGAGUUUCAUUCAGUCACAAGACCUGAAAAAACACGAGAGAAUUCAUGCUGGAGAAAAACCUUACAAGUGCUCACACUGUGGAAAGAGCUUCAUUCUGUCACAAGACCUGAAAAAACAUGAGAGGAUCCAUACUGGAGAAAAACCUUACAAGUGCUCAUACUGUGGAAAGAGUUUCAGUCACACACAUAACAUGAAGACACACGAGAGAAUCCAUACUGGAGAAAAACCUUACAAGUGUUCACACUGUAAAAAGAGUUUCACUAAGUCACAUACCCUGAAGACACACGAGAGAAUCCAUACUGGAGAAAAACCUUACAAGUGCUCACACUGUGAAAAGAGUUUCAGUCACAAACAUAACCUGAAGACACACGAGAGAAUCCAUACUGGAGAAAAACCUUACAAAUGAUCACAAUGUGAAUCCUCAUUUUAUGUUAGUUUUCAGUUUUAUUUUGUGCAUCGCAUAGAUGUACUAUUGUAGUAUUACCUUGCAUUAUUGUCUGAGGCUGUACAAUAGUAUAUAAAAAUUAUAAAUUUUUCAACUCGAGUUGAUGUCCAGGUAAUCUGAAAUCAUGAGAUUCAUCCAUGCAGCAAAACACGUAACUUGUAACACACCCCGAAACACAAUACAUGUAAAGUGUUCAUCCACAAGUUUUAAUCACAGAUGUCACUAGAGAGCACAAAGUUAUGUAGUGCAGCUUUAAAAAUAAGGCUAAAAUAUUUUUUAAUUAUAUAUACACUGAGCAAUGUACACCUACUUAUUCAUGCGAUUAUCUAAUCUAUCAUGACUAUCAUGUGGCAACAGUGCAAUGCAUCCAAUUUUGCAAAUACUAGUGAGGAGCUUCAGUUAAUGUUCACAUCAACCAUCAGAAUGUUGAAAAAAUGUGAUCUUCGUGAUUUCGACCGUGGCAUGAUUGUUGGUACCAGACGGGCUGGUUUGAGUGUUUCAGGAACUGCUGUUCUCCUGGGAUUGUAAUGCACAGCAGUUUCUAUAGUUUACUCAGAAUGGUGCCAAAAACUAAAAAUACCCCAGUGAGCAGUAGUUCUGUGGACGGAAAUGCCUUGUUGAUGAGAGAGGUCAACGGAGAAUGACCAGACUGGUUUGAGCUGACAGAAAGGCUAUAGUAAAUCCGAUAACCACUUCCAACAAAUUCAACAUACAUAACCUAAACAAACAAACAACCAAAUUCAACAUACAUAACCUAAACAAACAAGACAGAUAGUGUGAACUCAAUUAACUUGAAUUAUGACUUGGAACACAAAUCUUCAUAUGGAUUGCAUUGAGCAGAAUAGCAUCUCAGAAUGCACAACAUGUUGAACAUGGUCCAUGGAGGCAGAUGGGCUACAACAGCAGAAGACCACAUUGGCACUUUAUUAGGAAUAUAGUGUUCCCAGUAAAGUGCUCAGUGAGUGUAAACAUACAUUUUGAUUGUUUUCGCCUGUGCCUCCUCCUGACCUAUGGUGCUGCCCUAGACGAUUGCCUAGUUCACCUAUGCCUAGGAACUGCCCUGUAUGAAAGCUUCAAAAAGGUUCAGUGGCAAUCCUGGUGUAAUAUUCAAGAUGUUUGAAUAUAGAUCUGUCAUUGAUGUUACAUAAAUGUGAUGCAGUUCUGAAAUAUAUGCUCUAGUGUGCAGUUGGUUGUCGGGUUAAAAGUGAAUGUCUGAGUAGAAGGAGAAAUAAUAAACCAUGGAGUUUAUCCUGAUGCAAGUCUCGGACGUUCUUUCAGAAUAAUACAUGGUGAAAGAAUGAAUCGCGAAGAUGGAUGCUGUUGGAUUGCAAAUGGAUUGGGAAUUACAGAAUCUUCCAGAUGCAUGGAGAAAGUUUAUGCAGUAUGUUGAACUGAUGUUCUCAGGACCAUUUAAACGUGUGGAAGAGAUGGAGAAAUGCAGAUUCUUGCUGUUGUGGGUCAGAGAGAAAGGACGUGAUAUCUACAAUACCUGGACUCUCACCGCAGACAAAGCUAAGUUACUCAAAACUUACUAUGAUAGCUUUGAAGCUGACAUAGUUCUGAAGGACAACUCAAUUUUGUGAGAUACAAGUUGAAUGAGAAAAUGCAAUGUCCCACGGAAACAUUUGAUCAUCACGUCACUGAACUCAUUAAAGACAGUGGUUACGCCAAGAGGAGAUGGUGAGAGAUCAUGUCAGUUUCUUCCCCAUUAGUCAGAGAGAAAUUACUCAAUCAGGGUGCUGAAUUAACAUUAGGAAAAGCAAUCGACAUUGCCAGAUCACAUGAGAUUGCGCAAGCCCAGAUGAAAAGCUUGGCUACUGGCUGCACGGACACUGAUUGUGAGCAACAACUGCAUGCAAUAGGAAAACAUGCAUAGAAGCAGCAAAACUUUCAAAGAAACUCCAGAAAAGACAGCGUUCAUACCGAACGCCUCAAUACAUGCGGAUACUGUGGGAAAGAUGGUGCUGGGUCAGUCCCCACAGCCACCAUCAUUGUGUCCUUGAGCAAGGAACUUAACUACAGGAUGCUCCGGGGGGAUUGUCCCUGUAAUAUGUGCACUGUAAAUCGCUUUGGAUAAAAGCAUCUGCCAAAUGCAUAAAUGUAAAUUUAAAUGAAAGAACACAAAACAAGGGAUGCAUAUCCAGCAAAAGGAAAGAAGUGCACAAAAUGUGGGAAGUGGUAUCACUUUACAAGAGCAUGCAAAUUUCAUCAUCUCAGCUCAGGACAUCUUUCAGCAGAAAAUAGGCGAGAUAUAUGACAGUUUACAUGAUGUUGUGGCCAUCAUGGACAAUAUCUUGAUAUAUGAGAGGACAGAGGAGGAUCAUGACCGUAACCUCAAGGCUAUGCUGGAAAGGUGGAGAGAGCAAGGAGAGUGAGUGAAUCCUGAGAAUAGUUUGCAUUCCUGAAGUGCGUUAUAUUGGCCACCGUCUCACAAAAGAUGUAAUCAAACCUGAUACUCAAAAAGUUACAGCCAUAAAAUAUAUGACACCACCUAAAACCGUGCUGAACUUGAGACAAGUUUAGGCAUGGUUAAUUAUCUGUCAAAAUUUGCAUCAAGCCUUUCAGACAUGAAUGCACCACUGAGACAGCUACUGCGGCAAGACAGUGAGUUUUAUGGGACAAGCAACACGAUGCAGGAUUCAAGAGGUAAAAGACAUCCUCAUAAGGGAACCAGGACCUGUGUUGGCAUAUUUGGACACAGGCAAAGACCUCACACUGCAAGUUGACGCCUCUAAAUAUUGUAUGGGCACGAUAUGGUGGUUUGGUCAUUGGCAUACGCCUCAAAGUCAUUAACAGACUCCGAAAUCAAUUACGCCUAGAUAGAGAAAGAGCUUUUUGCCAAUCUCUGGGGUUGCAAAAGAUUUCACCAAUAUGCUUAUGGACAUCACAUAAAGGUAGAAUCCAAUCAUAAACCUCUGAAAGCAAUCCUCAGAAAGCCACUAGCUAUUGCUCCACCCAAACUGCAAAGAAUGAUCUUGGAAUUGCAAUAUUACUGUUUCACCAUUGUACAUGUUCCUGGGAAAAACAUUCCAGUAGCUGAAACACUGUAAAGAAAAUUGGUGCCUUGCUUUGACCUCAGCCUCAGCGAAGGGAUGGAUGUGCAAGUCCACACCGUACUCAGUGCUCUCCCAGUCAGCGAUGCAAAGAUCAGCAGUAAACAAGAAACAAAAAGAGAUACUCGGAUGUCCACAUUAAAGAGAGUGAUCAAAGAAUGAUGGUCUGUAGAGAGAAAGAGAUGCCUUACAGUCAUCUUAAAAUAUUUUAAUCUUAGGGACGAGCUAU